AUGAAAGGAAUGUGCUUCCAGAAAAUGCAAAUACUAAAUAAAAGAAACUAAUUUACAAGUAAAAUUAGAAUGACAGAUAAAUAACAAUAGAAAAAAGAAUGGAAGUAAAUCCAUUAAGUAUAAUAUUAGUAAAAUCAGAUAGUAAAGGUGAUCGUUUACUAUUUCGUUAUCCAUAUCGUACAACAGAAAAUACAGAACCAUUAGAUCGAAAACGUCGAAAUCCGUAUGCGUUAACAAACACCGAAGAUUUACUACAAUCUCCACCACCUCCAAUCUCAAACAUUUAUAAAGGUAAUUAUUUAACUGGAUUCUCUGAUGAAGUACUAUCAACACUCUUUGCUGUUAAACCAGAAUUAUGUAAUCGAAAAUUUGAAUUAAAAGUGAACGAUGUACGAUUUGUUGGACAUCCUACAUUAUUAACACCAUCAAAUGAUACCGAUACUAAACGACAAGAUGGUCUUUUAAUACAUAUUGUGUUUGCACUGCGAGCGUUAGCUAGUCAUUCAAUUGUAAAAUGUUAUUAUGAGUUAAGUAAAUUAUUAGGAACAGCGUUAAAACAUGAGGAACACCGUUGUGGAUAUGUAUCUGAUCAAAAUCGUUUAAUGGCUGGAACCCAUGAUGAUGGCACGACCGUUACAAAUAGUACACCAUUUGAUUUAAUACUGACAAGAUCAUCUUUAGCAGCGAAUUUAAAACAAGUAUAUGAAGAUUUAUAUUCGAAUGGACUGAUUAAAAUUCAGAUAAAUGGUUGGAUACCAAUACAUUAUUGUUUACCACAAAAAGUACAUAAUAAGCUAAUCAAUAAUAAAAUAUUAAUUGAACCAUUAAAUAUUGAUAAAGUAUUGAAUCGAUUACGUCCAUAUCAUGGUUUAUUGCUAUUAGAAUCGCAAACUCAAUUGAUUGAUUUAAUAUCAUUGGAUGGAUCUCCAACGUUGAUGCGUUUGUUAAAAAUGUAUAGUCCAUUGAAGUCUUUACAAACAUUGGCUGCAGAUGCUGAUUUAACGUUGUCCCAUGUCUAUGAGCUGACUGGUCAUUUGGUUUAUUGGGCGAAAGCAACGAUUAUUUAUCCGCUGUGCGCAACAAAUAAAUAUGUAAUUGCACAAAAUGCUCCUAUACAUUUAAAUUCACCAUUGGUUGAUGCAUUUUAUGAUUCUUUUCCGGAUAAACAUUUAUUAGAAGUAAUAAGCGAAUUUUCUUUACCAACAUCAUUAUCGCAUAAAACAAAUCCAUUCGCUCAACAAUCGCAAUUGGUCCAGAUGAUGGUUUGGAUGCUACAGCAUCAUUUACUUACACAAUUACAUACAUAUAUCUUAUUUUUACCACCAACGGCCACAACACCAACAAUAGAACAACAAUUAAGUUAUACUGAUGAUCAUAGUUUUAGCCCAAAAAAAUAUGGUAAAAAUAUCGAAUUACAACAACAAAUAAGUACUCGAUCAACGGUACCAUCUAGAACUGAAUCAGAAUCAGGUACAUCAACAAUAUCCGAUGAUUUAUUUAUUGAUUCAUCAUCAAUUCAUUUUAAUAAUAACAAUAAUGAUGAUGAUUUAUCACAACAUAAUGAUAAACAUGAUAAACAUGAACAUAAGCAUAAACAACAUAAUUAUCAACAACAUAAUAUCGAUGAUGAUGAACAUAAUAAUUUGAUUGAUGAUUCUACUUCAACAUCUUCAUCAUUCCAUGAACAGUUGUUAGAUUUUAAAGAACAUGAACGUCAUGCUAUAUUUAAAAUUCCAGCAUCAAAUAAUAGUGAAGAUUUAGCUUUACUGGCUAAGUUAUGCCGUAAAGGUUACUUUCGUGGCGAACAUCAUUUAGAAGAGAUAAUGUAUUUAGAAAAUUUACGUCGUAGUCAAUUGUUACAAUUACUGGAUAAAUUUCGUGAUAUAUUAAUUACGUAUGAAACUGAAGAUCCAGCUAUUUCUAUGUACUAA